AUGAGAAGACUAGAAGAAACUGGAAAAUAUGAUUUUUGGAACUUCCCCUUUGAUGUCAUGACAACACCUGAUAACGCCGAUGAAAUCCAACAUAUGCUGGACGAUAAUGAGAUAGAAUACCAUAUACGAAUUGAUGACGUGCAGAAAUUAAUUGAUAAUCAAUUUAACGUACGCAAUGGCGAAAUUAAAUCAUUAUCAGUUGACCCGGAUGACCUGUAUUAUACAGUGUAUCAUAGGUAUGCCGAGAUUGACCAGUGGGUGAAAGACACUGCCGCAAGGUAUCCCGAUUUAGCGAAGGAGUUUAUUAUAGGACGAUCGUAUGAGAAGAGAGUGAUGCGGGCGUUAAAGAUUGGUGCAGAGUCAAAUGUAACCAAACCAGCGAUGUGGAUAAACAGUGGUAUACAUGCACGUGAAUGGAUUACGCCAGCGACUAAUAUAUGGAUGACAAAUAAAAUGUUACACACGUACACGGAAGAUAGUCGGGUAACAAGAUUAUUGGAUAUGUUUGAUUUGUAUAUAUUACCGGUAUUUAACGUGGAUGGAUAUGAUUAUACGUGGGACGUGUACCGACUCUGGCGUAAGACUAGAUCCGUAAAUAUGGGCGUUGGACCAGAAUGUUAUGGAGUAGACCCCAACAGAAACUGGCCUCAUGAAUUCGGAGGUGGCGGAACAAGCACAAACCCAUGCUCUUAUAGUUACCGCGGGGAGUAUCCGCUGAGCGAAGUGGAAGUGAGGCAGGUGGUUGAAUGGAUAAGGCAGAAAAGUCAAACUCAGGAAUUUAAGUUUUUCAUGGAUAUUCAUAGUGCCGCUCAAAUGUGGAUGAAUCCAUGGGGUUAUACUUACGAUUUUCCCAAAGACUACGACGAUCAUAAUAUUAUUGGUAAAGCGUUUGUCGAUGCAUUGGCGAGUGUUCACAACACGACCUACCAAUACGGAACCAUCACUGAGUUAUUGUACGUUGCAUCUGGUAGUAGUGUCGACUGGGCAUAUGGAUCAGCCGGCAUCAAGUACUCACACGCAACGGAGCUGAGAGACACCGGUGAAUACGGUUUCCUCUUACCCGAAGAUCAGAUUCUACCUACAGCGCAAGAAACGUACGAAGGAAUGUUGGCUGCAUAUGACAUCGUUAUGAACUCACAAUGA